GCAUUGUUUUCGCAGCAAGCCGUCGUACAUUCCUUUCAAAUUCGUCAGCAUACACCCGAGAAAGCACAUUUACGGAAUCCAAGAAUGUAAAGCCAGUUGUAACCGUGAAUGAAACCAGUGAAUGUGUAAAGCCAGACAGUUAUCGGAAACCACAAGCGCCACGACGACGACGACGACUACAAAGGUGUGAGCUUUGCAGUUCAACAUGGAGUGCGACGACGCGGCCGUAGAGCGUCAGAAAUUAGUUUCCAACGACGAGGAAGAUGACCAAAAUACCAUCACCAACCUGUCCUCUAGUGGGCAGGCUAAAUCUGUGCAAACUCCUAUCUCACCCGUUCUGAGUAACAAGCUCUUUUCCAGUGGUGAAACGAGUCGAAGUCAAAACUCCACCAACUACUCGCUAGGUAAAGGAAUUUCGAAUGAUGCACCAUUAACGACCAGAGUGAAUUACGUGAACGAACGUAAAACACAGGACGCUAAGCCAAAGACUAAGAAAGUCCAACGAGAGCCCACGUCCGCUAGUGGCAGCGUCAGCAACACAAGUAGUAAUCUCCAUGACGGACCAGAACCAGCAGUCCCCAAGAGCAGUGCUUCCCAUCAACACACCUUCCAACAAAACCCACACACACCUCAGGUCCAACAAAAACCUCAACCACUGCCAUACCAGCGCCCAAAACCACCCGACUCGCUGCCCUCCGUUGGCAGCGGUGGGGUCGUUGGUGAAGGUGGUGCUGGUGGAGGCGCAAAACUACGAAUCCCUAGUGCCAAUCCCGUGUCAUCCACGUCGGGCAGCUCGAAUACGCUCAAUACGAAAGCACACACUUUCUCCUCCCGUCCAUUAAAACACCAUUCUUUCAUAUCAGAGGUGCCGGAUGUACGACACAUGGAACGGGCCCUACUCGGUUUGCUGGAAGAUUUUCAUUCCGGUAAACUAAAGGCUUUCGGUUCGGGUUGUACCAUGGAACAAAUGACGAGCAUCCGCGAGCAACAGGAGAGUUUAGCCAAGCUGCAUUUUGACCUUGGCACAGAAGCAUUUUCCGGUGGUAACAACAGCAGCAACUCUGACAACGAGCUGCACGCUCAAUGCAAUAUGAAGAAGCUGGUGCAAAAGCUGGAGCAGUUGUCUUUUUCCAUCGAGAAACUGCAUUCGAGCCACGUCGAAAAGUAGACAGCAGCAUAGCGGACCAACUUGACUUACCCAUGCCAUCGUUUACUAAUAUAUAGGGAAUAGAGCCGGUGGGGUAUUUCAAUUACGAAUCUUGCGUAGAAACGAUAGCCGAAACCGCAUCAGUAACGAUGUGUAGCAAUUUGUUGUCGCGAUCGUUCGGGGAUAGAAUUUCUUUCAUUUAUUUUAUUUUAUUUUAUUUCGGAAAAUAUGAUUUGUAUAUCUUGGAAUAAAACACAGGUUUUAUGUUA